UAUUGGAUAACAUUGCUUUUCUAUUUUAUUUGCAUGUAGUAUAACUCAUUCUCAUUAUAUCUUCAGAUAGUUAUAUCUCAAGCAAUGGCCUCCCUCGGCCAUGUUAAUGUAAAUCCCUCGGACGAAACACUGGAUAAUCAGUUUUUGCCAAACCCACACUGGUUAGUCACGAAUGCUAGGACGAUGAUGAAAGGAGCAACCUCUAGCUCUCCGCCAGAGCUUCCAUUUUUUGAAAAUUUGAUGUUUACAACCGGACCCUUGAAGUUAACAAAUCAAACUGUGGAAACGGACAAUAAUCUGCCAUUAGAUGUUACAGAUUUAACAAAGCAAAUUUUGGAAACAGACAGCAAUCUAGUAGAUCAUAUAAUUGGAGGUUUAGCUGUGAUGCUGACUAUUAUUGGACUCCUGGGUAACAUAACGUCUUUUUUACACUUCUGGAAAAAACGAAAGAAGUCUCCUGAUUUGCUCUAUUCGAUCAUUUCUGUGGUCGACGGAUUGACAUCGGCAAUAACCUUUCCUGUUAUAACGUCUCUCCUAAGCUCAAGAUCUCCGAUGCUAUUCAAGAUCCAUGUUUUCUGCAUCUCAUGGCCAAUUCUAUACUCUCUUCUAAUGAGGGUUUCCAUGGUAGUAGUGCUACUUAUUUCUGUCUCAAGGACCUUCGCCAUCAUAUUGCCGUUAAAAGCAAAAAGUCUCCGAGAUCAAUUCGGCAAAAUGGCCGUUGGGGUCAUUGGAUAUACCAUCUUGCUGUUGAUAAUUGAUAUAUCGUUCAAUGCCACGACGUUGAUCCAAGCAAGUUAUUUGAAAGCCAUUUCAUCGUGUGCAAUUGUUCCAGUGGAUGAAAGCUACAUGUCAUGGACCACCAUGACUUCGGCUCUACGCAUCUACUGGCUUUCUAUCGACCUGGAGCUAAUCUUGCCAUGUGUGGUCGUCUUUGUAAGCUUCUUGGUGAGCGCAGGGUCUCUGCUGACAAGAAAACCUAUGCAGAAUAACGAUGAGAAGAAGUUCAGAAGGGUCUCCAUCACCAUCGCGCUCUUCACAGCACUGUUCCUGGUUUGUUAUCUGCCUUACUUUAUGUUGCUUGCAACUCACAUUGUAAGCACUUUUCGUGUUAUUAAAGUAAAUAAAUCUAUCCACCGCUAUGGAUUUUUGGUGGCCACGUUUCUUCUACCUCUGCUAAAUUCGGCUGCAAAUCCCUGUCUUUACAUAAUGAGGAUGCCUCGGUACCGGAAGUGGCUAGGAAGUGCUCAGUGGCCGGAAUCAUCCAGCAGAGUUACAGAGACGCUCUGGAGAAAGGUGAGAACAGGGGUGAAGGUUUCUGAUGCUUUUUCAUUAGGAAGUGGUAAAGUCUACAAAAAGAUUAUGUUAACCAAAGAUGAGAAACCUGUCACUCAAACAGUAUCCCUUAUAAAUUCAUGUGUGCUGCAAAACGAAACAACACCCAGAAUAUUUGAUAAAGAUGUAACGGAUCAAAUAACGGACAACGAUAACAAUGAACUUGUAGACCUCACAAUCGGGGGAUAUGCCGCCCUGCUGUUGACGAUAGAUGUGAUUUGUUUCUACACCGGGGUUAUUCAAGCAAAAUAUUUUGCAAUAACUUCAGCAUGCGAAGUUAUAAGUCCAGCUGUUGAGCUAACAUGUGAAUGGAGCAAAGUAACGCCGGCUUUUUGGGCUUAUUGGUUCAUCUAUCAAUUGGAGCUUAUUUUGCCAUGUGUAAUUGUGUUUGCUAGCUUUUUGGUGAGCACAAGUCUACUGCUUAGAAGAAAAAAUGUGCUCGAAGAUGAUGAAAAGACCUUUAGAAGAGUGUCCAUCACCAUAGCUAUCUUUACAGCUUUGUUUCUGGUUUGUUAUUUGCCUUGCUUUCUGCUGCAAGUAACAUACUUCGUAAGUAUGUUCCAUCCUAUUGAUGUAGGCAAAGAACACUGA